GACGGAGCCUGCCCCACACCUGAUGUGUCCCUGUGCAGCCUCUCAGUCCAGUGCAGUCACCUAAGCAGAUCCAUGAACAUCCCAGCCCGGCAGAAUGCAGCAGGAGAAAUAUGAAAAAAGCAACAGGAAGUGUUUUUAUAUUCUCAUCUACAUGGUGGUUCUGUGUCUGGUGUCCUUCUGCUGGUUUAAUGUCAGCGGACGCGAGUGGCAUUCGGAUGUGAACAUCAUCUGCCAUCCUCAGACAGAAUCAAAAACGCUUGCAAAUGCCUCCCACUUGGACCUAUUACAAGAUAUUUGUCUUGAAAGAAUGCUGUAUGAAAAGCCGAAUGCCUUGAAGCCUCUGAGAACCGAUGUCCUGAUAAUGACGCCUUGGUUUGCACCAAUUGUAUGGAAUGGCACCUACAAUAUCGAUAUACUGAAUGCACAAUUCCACAAGAGACAUGUUCGCAUAGGCCUCACUGUGUUUGCCAUCAAAAAGUACACAGUCUUUCUGCAGACUUUUAUUGAAACUGCCGAAAAGUUCUUCAUGGUGGGACAUAUGGUCAACUAUUACGUGUUCACAGACCGCGUUAAAGACAUGCCCAAUAUCACCCUUCCUGAGGGAAGGCAACUGGUGAUCUUAGAGGUUCCAAGCUACAAAAGAUGGCAGGAUGUGUCCAUGAGACGCAUGGAAAUGAUUCGAGACUAUACGCGGCAAAGAUUCAUCAAUGAAGUGGACUACUUGGUGUGCGUUGAUGUGGACAUGAAGUUUAGAGAUGAGGUUGGGGUGGAGAUCCUCAGUGAUGUUUUUGGCACCUUACAUCCCGGCUUCUAUGGCGCUACCCGCGCGCACUUCACAUAUGAGCGGCGAAAAGAGUCUACCGCCUACAUUCCUUCUGAUGAAGGAGACUUUUAUUACGCUGGUGGUUAUUUUGGGGGAAAGGUAGAAGAGGUCUACAAGUUGACCAAUUUUUGCCAUAAUGAGAUGAUGAUUGACAAAGCAAAUCACAUUGAAGCCGUCUGGCAUGACGAGAGCUAUCUAAACAAAUAUUUCCUUUAUCACAAGCCAACUAAAAUUCUGUCUCCUGAAUAUCUAUGGGCCGAUGGUUUUGGGGUUCCAGAAUUCCUUAAGAGGAGAAGAUUUAUUGCUCUUCCAAAAGAUCACAAUGCGAUUCGCAACAAAAGAGCUUUGUAUGACCAUUCAAGAGCAAGACAAAAAUUUCAUAGUUGGUCAAUUAAUGGUCAAAACUUCUGAAAUUAGAACUUCUAACAAAAUGUCCUAUGGGGUAAAAUGGAUGGUGAUUAAGUUAUUUGUGAAAAUAAUCUUUAUUUCUUUAGUGCCAACAAAUUCCGCUGGAAGUAAUAAACAAGUAAAAAACCCUAACCCUAAACCAAAAAUAAACAAUGAUACAGAAAGAUAAAGGUUCCUGUCCCUAAGAGCUGACAAUCUACAGGAGAGAGGACCAUGCCCGUAAGAGCUGACACUCUAUGGAAGAGAAGUUCCUGCCCAUAAGAACUGACAGCCUACAUUAGAGAGGACCCUGCCCCUAAGAGCUGACACUCUAUAGAAGAAAGGUUCCUGUCCCUAAGAGCUGACAAUCUACAGGAGAGAGGACCCUAUCCUUAAGAAAUUACACUCUGUAGAAGAAAGGUACCUCCCCAUAAGACUUGACACUCUUUAGGAGAGAAGAACCUGUUCUUAAAGUGUAACUAACUGCCAUUUCACUACCAAAAAUGAAAUUCCUAACAUAUGAUACUAAAGGAAAGAUAUUCA